AUGACAAGAGCACUUCUCAAGUCAAGACAAUUGGUCACCAAGAUCAAGUCUACUCAAGUGGUUCCUCCUGCCACUAAGUUCGCCAAGGUCCCUGGUAAUUCCUUUAGAUCCUUUGCUGAAUACAGAUUGAGAGCUGCAAUUCAAACUCCUUUGACUAAGGCUACCAGGGCACCAGCUGCUCAAGGUGCUUAA